GAUAUUAUUUUUUGUCGCAAAUCUGUAAAUCUGUAAGUGAAGAUGAUUAUACCCAAGAAACUUACCGAUCAGAUGCAAGUCAGGGCAAAGAAACAACUUAACGAGAAAUCUGAGACAGAUCUGAAGUUGGAGAUACAGUUUAACUUGACCAGACAUUCAAGUCUUGCUAAGGAGGGUCUAAAGACUAAUACAGAAGACCAGAUAGCGAUGGCAACAGUCUCCGCCCCUUAUUCCCAUCCUGAGAGGAUGAUGACUGGCGGAGAGGACGAUGACUGGCGGAGGAGAGGCAGAUCUGUUCUGUCGAUGGAAGAAGGAGGUGAGCGGCGAAGGGCUGAGAUCGGGGAGGUAAUUGUGGAGUCGCCGACGGCUGGGAUCGGCGAGGCAGUUGGCUGACGGUGACUUCGCUUGCUCUAUUUUGUUUUAGCUUCUGCGUCUGGAUUUUGCUUUUGCACAAACGAAGGGCCUGCUUUUUGGUUUGGUUAAAACCCCAUUUUGGUCCCUGAACUAUUGUGCGGACCCACGAUUUGGUUCCUAAACUAAAAAAAUCCCUAAUUUGAU